UUGAUCCUAUUAUAUUUCCUGAACAUCGGAUUUGACAUAUCCUAAAAGUUUCCAGCAUCAUACAGCGAGGCCAAGACCCUUGGUCUACGUACCAAGCAAAAUGGCGAUGAUCUCUAGGGUACCCGGAGACGAAAAUCUCUACGUAGGAGGAGUCUGGGCCCUUGACCCUGAAAGCCAGCGUCGUCAACUUCAACCUCACACAAUCACGCACGUGCUUUCCCUCUUCAAGUACUCCUUUGACAACGAGGGCGAGGAAGCCAAGUCGUACAAGCGUAUGAGCAUUGACAUUGAUGAUGACCCGGACUCCGACCUGCUAGUUCAUUUUCCGUCCGUCGUGCGCUUCAUCGAGAAUGCUCUGCAUCCGCCAAGUAGUGGCGUGGUGGACGCAGAUAGGUCCGAAGACACCGCCUCUCCUCGGGGGGUUUUUGUGCACUGUGCGAUGGGCAUAUCACGAUCUGUGACCUGCGUGAUGGCGUAUCUCCUCUACAAGUACCCUCACCGAUACGGAGGCAAGCAGCAGGUUUCCCCCCCGUCGGCUGCGUCAGCGGCUCAGCGUCGGCAGACUUCCAGCGAUGCUGUAACGAAAGCGCUAGAGUGGGUCCGCCAGGGUCGCGCAUCAGCAGCACCCAAUGAAGGCUUCAUUGACCAGCUUCAGCUGUGGUGGGAGAUGGGCUGCCCUGCUGACCACGACAAGGCCGUGGAACAUCAUCCAGUGUACCAAAAAUGGCUGUACGAAAUCAUGUUGGAGGAAUCCCGGGACUGUAACAUGGCGCCCGACACGAAAUACAUCCGGUUCGAGGAUGAGGUGGGGCAAGGCCAGGAAGCUACCGCAACAGAAGCGGACAAGGAAGAUGGCAAGGAGGUUCGAUGCAAGAAAUGUAGACGCGUACUUGCAACCCCAAAAUUCGUGUUGUCGCAUGGGCCGGAAUCUUCCAACUGUGCUCACAUCUUUAUCGACACGCUCUCCUGGAUGCGGCCGGUACUGGAAGACGGUGCUCUCGAGGGCCGUCUUACCUGCCCAAAUGCGAAGUGCGGCGCCACGGUCGGCCGUUACGCAUGGCAAGGUCUAAGGUGUACCUGUAACGAGUGGGUAGUUCCAGCCUUUUCGCUUCAACGGAGUCGGGUUGACGAGGUUGCUCCCCGGCAUAUGGAUGCCACUAGAGUUCGAGUGCCUCCGGUACGAAAUGGUAACUUAUGAGAUGAGGUUGGUCAUGAGGGACCUUAAUUGAUCAUCGGUACUUUCACGCUUAUGGUUCAUAUUUUUACUUGAGACUUCAUCAAGUAAAUAGGCUGCCUAGCCUGAGUGAUUGCCUGAAACAGCAGUCGUACCGGUUCCUCAAAUUGAUACGUCAGAAGCACGAGCCAGUCAAGUUGCUGACAUCCAUCUAAUGGCUCACCCCCCUCCAGUUCCCAGCAUGUAUCUUA